AUGGAAGUGGAGCUGCGAGACUCUUAUACCCUGCAGUGGGAGUAUAACUGUGGCUUUCCUGAGGAGUCCCUGAGAUAUGAGGAGCAACACGUCAUGCUCCUGACCGCCCGCCCCUCAAGCUCUGGGGAGACAGGGCGGGCCUCAGCAGAUGCCCCAGAAGAUGCCAGCUGCCUCCCUGACGACAGCCCCUCAAGUUGCUUCCUCUCCACCCUUUUGUUAAAGGGCCUGACCUUCAGGCAUGAUGUUUUUGAUAUUCAUCCGUUUUGUUGUAUGUUGCGCAUUCUUUUUCAUUGUUAUGUAAACUUCCAUUGCGGGAAGCGAGAGUUGGUGGCCAAGAUGAGCUUCCAUGCAGCCGCAGCACUGAUGAAAGGCUGCUCGAUUAGGGAUGGCACCUUGCGCCGGGCACAGCGUCGAAGCUUCACUCCAGCCAGCUUUCUGGCGGAAAACACGAAUUUCCCUGAUGAGCUGGACACAUCCUUCUUUGCCCAGGAAGGUAUCCUCCAUGAAGAGCUGUCCACAUACCCGGACAAAGUUUUUGAGUCCCCAUCAGAGGCAGCACUCAAGGACUGGGAGAAGGCACCGGAGCAGGAGUACCUCACUGGCAGGGCCCUGGACCGCAGUGAGCUUGAGCCCAGCCACCUGAUGCUGCCUUUGGAGCGAGGCUGGCGGAAGCAGGAAGACACCGCAGCCUCGCAGCCCAAGGGGCGGCUCCGACAGGAGAUGGUGAGCACCGCGGGGCCGCGGCGGAACCAGCGCAUCGCUGUGCGGGUGCGCAAACUCUUCGCCCGGGAGAAGCGGCUGCAUGGGCUGAGCAUGGUGGGACGGCUCAACAACCACACCUACCACAAGCACAUCGACAGCUUCGUCAAGCGACAGAUCGAGGACAUGGACAGCCACAGGCCCUUCUUCACCCACUGGCUCACCUUCGUGCACUUGCUCGUCACCAUUCUAGCCGUGUGCAUCUAUGGCAUCGUGCCCGUGGGCUUCUCACAGCAUGAAACGGUGGACUCGAUGCUGUGGAACCACUGGGUCUACGAGAACGUCAAGUACGUGCAGCAGGAGAACUUCUGGAUCGGGCCCAGCUCGGAGGCCCUCAUCCACCUGGGUGCCAAGUUUUCGCCUUGCAUAUGCCAGGAUCCGCAGGUGCACAGCUUCAUUCGCGCAGGGCGCGAGCACGAGAAGCACUCGGCCUGCUGCAUGCACAACGACAGGUCGGGCUGCCUGCAGACCUCGGAGGAGGAGUGCUCGCCCAUGCUGGCAAUGUGGGUGAAGUGACCCAUCCAUUCCAGCGCCCCAGAGCUUGCCGGCCACAAGAGACAGUUUGGCUCUGUCUGUCACCAGGAUCCCAGGGUAUAUGAUGAGCCCUCCUGGGAAGACCCCCGUGAGUGGCCAGAAGACAUUACCAAGUGGCCGAUCUGCACCAGAAACAACCCUGGGAACCACACCAACCUUCCCCACAUGGACUGUGUCAUCACAGGACGGCCCUGCUGCAUUGGCACCAACGGCGAGUGUGAGAUCACCUCCCGGGAGUACUGUGACUUCAUGAGGGGCUAUUUCCAUGAGGAGGCCACGCUCUGCUCUCAGGUGCACUGCAUGGAUGAUGUGUGUGGGCUCCUGCCUUUCCUCAACCCUGAGGUGCCUGACCAGUUCUACCGCCUGUGGCUGUCCCUCUUCCUGCACACCAGGAUCCUGCACUACCUGGUGUCCAUCUGCUUCCAGAUGACCGUCCCGCGGGACCUGGAGAAGCUGGCAGGGUGGCACCACAUAGCCAUCAUCUACCUGCUGAGUGGUGUCACUGGCAACCUGGCCAGUGCCAUCUUCCUGCUGUACCGAGCAGAGGUGGUUCCAGCUGGCUCCCAGUUUGGCAUCCUGGCCUGCCUCUUCAUGGAGCUCUUCCAGAGCUGGCAGAUCCUGGAGCGGCCCUGGCAUGCCUUCUUCAAGCUGCUGGCUGUGGUGCUCUUCCUCUGCACCUUUGGGCUGCUGCCCUGGAUCGACAACUUUGCCCACAUUUCGGGGUUCAUCAGUGGCCUCUUUCUCUCCUUCGCCUUCUAGCGCUACAUCAGCUUCAGCAAGUUCCAUCUGUACUGGAAAUGCUGCCUGAUCAUCAUCUUUCAGGUGGUCUUCCUGGGCCUCCUGGCUGGCCUGGUGGUCCUCUUCUACUUCUAUCCUGUCUGCCGUGAGUGGUGUGAGUUCCUCACCUGCAUCCCCUUCACUGAUAAUUUCUGCGAGAAGUACGAACUGGAUGCUCAGCUCCACCGAGCUGGCUGCGGGCUCCAGGGACCAUGCGCUCCAGCAGGCCAGAGCCAGACACGACAACCCUGAGCCUCACAGGCGUAUAGGAGUCACCUGCUCCAUGUGGGAACUGGCCUGUUUUCUGAAGACAGAACUCUUGUGCCUUGUUCACUUCUGUUGAACCCCUUGUACUGCUGGGCAUUUAUUAUACUACUUCCUGUGAUAAUCUUCUAACUUGUGUCUCGACGACCACCUCAUGUGGCCAGUAAAUGGACUGGGAGCGUUUUAGAAAAAAAAAAAAAAAGUUCCGUUGCGUGAAUAUGCCGCCAUUUUUAUUGAUCUCUUCUACCAUGGUUGGACUUUCAGUUUGUUUCAAUUUUUGACUUUUAUGGAAAACGCUGCUGUGAAUACUCAGGUGCCUAAACAUGCCUCCGGUACUGAAAUGCAUACAUUUCUGUUGAGUAUAUACCCUCAAGUGGAAUCACCAGCCCACAGGAUAUGCAUAUUUUUAACAGCUUUAUUGAGAUAUAUUUUAGAAUAUACGUAUCUUGAAAUUUUAAUGGAUACUAUCAAACAGCUUUCCAAAGUCGCUGUACCACUUUACAUCACCACCAGCAGUGUCUGAGAGUUCCAGUUGCUCCGCAUCCUCAGCAAUGCUUGGUACUGUCAGACUCCUUACUUUUGUUUUGCCAUGAACUUAUAUUUCUAUCAAGCUUCCCAGGGGAUUCUCAACUCUUGCUGUGUAUCAACACCACCUGGUGAGCUUUAAAAAUACAGAUCCUGGGACCCUGCCCAGGUUAUUCUGAGUCAGAGUCCCCUGAAUGAGGGUUGGGGCACAGAUGUGUGCAGAUUGAACAAGCUGUACUCCCUCA